GAGCGGCACUGCUGGCAUAAACUUCGAACACAGUUGGGGCGACGGCAUAGCUGUGCUUCGUUUUUUCAACGAGAUCUUCAAAGACACAGAGUCAAGGCCGGCAGUGCAUCCAGACGUCCUCUGCAGUCCUGACAAGUAAGUUUUGUGCAAUCUACCUGACUUUACGACGCAGCACAAAUCUGACCUCUUCGUCUGUCCCGUCUUUAAAUAAUUUACGGGGACAGUGCGUGCCUUCUGCAAAACAAAUUAGCAUGUUUGGCUUUUGGGGGGAUCUUAGUCAUGUCUGUACGGCCAAGGAUUCAGGUUAAUUAUUAAUUCCUCCCUUUUAGUUAAUCUGUUUUGAUAACCGGCUUGGAAUACAGCAAUGAGCCAAGAGUCCGCUAAUGACAAGCCCGAGUUGUUUAGAUGUUUUUACCAACUGACCUUUGGAUUUCAGUGCCUUCUCUUUCACUAUUAUACCUGAUCGUUCACCAUGUUAAUUCCACAGCUUUCUUCACUUCUGGUUUUGACUCUUUUAACUCUACACGAUCAACUUAGCGCAAACAUCUAUCCGUCGAAACAUGUUUCUGUUUUUGUGCAGUAGUAUUUUCCACUGGUUAAAUAAAAGGACUCUAAUUGAAAGUACUUGGACUCGGUAACGGCCACUCCCACUUGAUGCAGUAAACUCGAUCGCGACUAACAGAGCGUUAACCCCCCGUGACUCCAUCGGUGGAGCGUUAAUUUAACUUUUGAGAUUGAGUUAAGUAUGACCGGUUUGCCAUGGGAAGUAAGCCUAACGUGCCCAUUCUACUAUCUCUCUCUCUCUCUCUCUCUCCCUCCCCCCUCUCUCUCUUGUAUUUCUCGGGAAUACUUCUUGACCAUCAGUGGAAGUGGAGAUUCGUGUGUCAGGAAUUAAGUAAUAUGGAAGGUGAUUCUAGUUUCGGGCAGAUUUAUGUAUGAGUGCAGGUUUGGACCACUCUAACUCAUCAGCAGUGGACCAUCGCAAGCUCCGGCGUCAGAACACCUUUGGGACCCACUUAUUCCCAGCAGUAAUUUCUUUACUUUAUAAAGACGAAAAGCUUUCUCGCACGGAGGUUUAUGUGCGAGUAGGAAGGAAGGCGACUGGUCGUGUGCCGGAACCAUUUCUUUAUUUUUUGAGCUUUUGGACUCCUACAGGAGUUCAUCUUUAGCGAUGACAGCAGCAACAGAACAAGUGGCGUUUACAGGAAUCAUAAGCCAAUCGACGGUCGGUGUUGCAGGUUUGGGGCUGUGUACGCUAACUCAGACCUCAAUCAACUCUUGGUUUGUCCUAAUUCUCGCAUGGGCAAUUGUCUCGGCAGCUAGGAACUUUAACCCAUGACCAGUUUCGAAGGAGUGGGCAGCCACUUAUGACACUUCGUCGUCCCGUCGUAUCGCUGACUUAUGCUCCUAUAUGCACAAUCCGAGCGUGCCCAGCCUAAUCCGUGUAAUUAAAACCACUAUUUAUGCACGAGAUAAAAUACACUGCUCUCUGCGGUUUUGUGGUUUUUUAAUUUCCAUGCCUCUAUUGCGCACGAUGGUUUCGGGAUGCUGUGCAAUUUCAACACCCAGUCCCACAACAGUGCACUCGGUCGCCUCUGAAAGCCCUUAAUGUGCGGUGGACAACUCCAUAUCCUCAGUGGCAUUUCUAUGAUGACCCAUGUAAACAUCAACUUACGGAUGCCCUCGGGUGACAAUUCCACAUUAACUGAUAGCGGAGCCAUCGCGCCUCAUGUGGUUAGAGCGUUGGCUGUACUAAAGCCUUCUCCUUACUGUGUGGGUUCGAAUACCACCGAGGCGCCGAGUUUCUCACAGUUGGGUCAAUAUGAAUUUUAGAUAGUUGUCAAAGAAACUCAACUGCAAUGGUAUUAAUAUCGAGCAGAAGUGAAAAAAUGAACAGCAACUGGAUAACUGCUUUUGUCCCAUCUAUUAUGACACAGAUGAAUAGGCAGAUGUUCAAUCAAAAGCCAAUAGACAACGGUUGAUGGGCUAACGCGGAAUACUUUCUUAACUAGUCGAUUUAUUAACCUCAUUAAACGAUUUUCUUUAGUUUUAGGGCACGCCCAAAGUUAUCGGUAGGUAUUUUAUGAGGCUCGAUGCAUGCACAGCCUUCGAUUCACCCCGUCUUCGGUGAGAGCGGGAUAGUUAUUGUAUUGGAUUAAUAAAAUGUCUUUUAACAAUAGUUGUGUUGAAAUAAUAAUGCUGUUGAAAUCCUCACGUAUUUCAUACCCGCUUGUUAAACUGGGUUAACUGUGGAAGCUUUAUCUCUAUGAUUUUCGAUUAAAGUACAAUGGUUGGGAAAAGACUUAAUACAUGACUGAAUUUUAAAACUGCAAUUUCGGGAAGAGAGGUUUACUUGAUUGAGGUUGCAUUAAUGGCACGUAAAAAUACCUUAAAGGACGCCUCAUGCAAGUCAGGAUGGUGACUUCUGUUUGAGCCAUUUUUUCAGUCACCUUCGAAAACUGCUUUCGAAAAUAGUAGGCAUAUGCUUCGUCAGUUUUUGUUGGCCGCAACAACGCAAUCGCAUUAUGGGGGUGGAACGCGUAAAAAUGCAGUUACUGUACUUCCUGAAAUAUUGAUGGACGAGUAGAGAGGGAAACUAAUCGAGCAGCGGAACCGCUUUGUUUAUUUUUCUGAGCUUUUGAACUUAUAUUGAAGCCCAUCCUCAGGAUAGGCAGCAACACCUGAAAAGUUAACAGUUACAGGGGUCAUUAGCACUUAGACUGAUUGAAGUCACGCCUUAUGCCACUGCAAUUUCAUUUUCUAGCAGUCCUGGCUGCCAUGUGGUCCACCUGAAUAACUUAAUGAGAAUUGGCAAGCAAAUUCGGCGGCUAAGUAUAUGUGGAUAUAUGGCCUACACAGCUGCCAGCUGGUGUGCGUUUCUUGCCUAUCUGAGCAGUUACGCGUAGGCCAUUGACGUGGUCAGAAAGUCUAUUUAAAAGUACAAGAAUACCGUGUAAGAUGCGCCCCCUAUUCUUUUGUACUCUUCCAGCCUGCCAGCUGCCAGCGUGCAGAGACUCGAGUGGCUUGUGGACGAUCUGCUUUUUGAGGGUCUAAUCCUUCCAGCCUGGCAGGACUAUGAAACCCGCCGCGCCGAUCUACAAAUAAACAUCCUGCAAACGACUGGAAUUCUUCACAAGAGCAAAUGUAAGCGGGCUGGUCUCAGUCCGGAUGCCAUGUUACAACUCGCAAUUCAGGUGAGUGUUCUGUUCUAUGUAUGAAAGCCCUUUGAGUGAGACUGUCAUUACUCGCCCACCGUGUUUCGGGGAGUGUAGCUUUUGGCAUCGACCGUAAGACCAGCGGAUUUUAAGGUUCGUCCACGACUGCUGCGUCUAGUCGACUGAAUUGCAGUAAAUACUGAUUUUCGACAGGUCACUCACCGCUUUGAUUUUCUAGCCUUUAUCUUCUCAUUGUCAUUGGACCCUAGCAAGACCAGUCGCAACGAGCGAGCCAUAGCUGUCUGUUAGGCCAGCACCAUGUUAAGCUGGUUUGCUGGGCAUCGGUUGCAUGAAACGGUUUGACCUAGAGAUGGUUUCCUACGGUUGUCGGAGGUAAAGACUGAUCCCUCUAUCCAGCCCCGCUGGAUACAGUAGGGACAUCUGAAUUUACUUUCUUGUGGUUACUUCAACCAGGCCCAAAAUGGGCUGCAUUUUUUCGUCAGACCUACACAGACAGGCACACGGAACCCGAUGGGGGAGAGAGAGGUCGACUGAGUGGGUGAGUGAGCUCGCUGCUACACAAGCCUCCCUCACUGUAGCAGAAUUCACGCGCAACUUGCCGUCGCCUCUCAGGGAUCUGUGCUGUUCAUCUUAGCUUGUAACUGGCGAAUUCACAUAGCCGCUUUAUGGGUCACUUUUCAUACCCUACUGCCGCAACCCGUCCAUCGUCCCCUCUGAAACCCAUUCUAGAUCAUAGUCCGGACAGGCUUCGAAUAGAUAAUAAUGAGGACGCGUCACUUGGCGUCACCCAUACCGCCCUCCGUUGACAUCGAGUGUCACUUGUGCAACGGACUCUGAGAGACGUACGACAAGAUCAGACACCGUGACCGAUCGAGCGACUGACGCAAUACAUUGCCGACCCUUGUUCUCCAUCAAAAUUGACAUCACACCAUCUGGAGCUUGCAAAAAUAGUUAACACCGUUAGGCCAGAUCAUCAUUUACCAGAUUACUGUUCGAGUAAAACACGAUUCGUGUCAGGCGAGAGACGUGCAUGUGUGUAAACCACCAGGGACGGAACGAAUGCUAUGUAAACAUGAGCAUACAAAAAGUGCCAGAGGUCGACGAGCCUCAAGCCCUGCUCAACCUAAUCCAAUUGCCACAAAAAUCAUCUAGUAAUCAGGUUCACUCUGAAGAGGAGGCCCUUUGGGCACUGGAAGCAACUGGCAGGAGGUGCUCUAAACAACACCCGGCACGAAAAAAUGUUUUGGGGAGCACAAAUACUUGACGUGGAGGUAGUCAACCGCGUACUUGGAGUGGUUAUUCCUUUUUUCACACAUAGUUUCGCCAAUGUUGCGUCCGUGUCACACUUUGCUAGCUUACCAACCCAGAGUUGUGACCCGUCCCGACUACCUGUAGUGCCCCUUCUAGCUGACUACCACGUGUAUGCUGUUCCUGAUUUGUUCUAUUCAUCCAUCAUGGGCCGCAUCACUCCCUGAAUAUGCUCUUUGUAUGUUUCGACAGCCUCCUUGGUUCACUGGCGGUGGGGCAAAAAAAUCAUCUUUCCGGUUGAUUUUUCAAAUACCACCACCGGCUUUUGGUAAAAGACACCUACGAGCCGUGAAGGAUCGUUACGUGAACAAUAUAAAACUUAUAUCUGAUGAUGGCCUUGGGAAACCAAAUAGUUAGUGGGAUGGCUGUAUACUCUCAAAAAGUGACUGUACUGUGACAUUUCCCCUUCCCUGAUAGAUCGCUGUUGGCUACUCACCCACUAGUCACAUCAGGGAGCAUGGAUACUUCUGCGCAGGGGUGGAUUCAGGCGAUGCGCGCAACACUUGGGCCUUGGUGUUGCUGACCACAUUGGCAGAAUCGAUGCUUGACUUCACGGAGGGUGCUGGACGAUGCUCAAUAUGGUUACUGUUUCUUCGUCUACAAACCGCACUCGGUUGAACAGGGCGCAUAUUCGACUGCCAUCUGCGAUCCAGUUGCAUGGGCUUAACUCGUUGUUGACCUAUCACUAUCUACAAAUCCCAUAACCCUUGGUGCCAUUAGAAGGGAAAAAAGAAUGUCAGGAAAUUUAAUAGUUGCCCCAGGAUUCUUAAGUUAAUGAUUUACUUGAGUAGUAUUUGACUGUCUCGGAAAGCCGGACCCAGUAAGCUUAAAAUGCGAGUAUCACAAGGAAAGCUGGAUUUUCUAACGACAGUAAUUUUCACAAUUACUCCUGAGAUUCCGUCUCUGGCAUGACUCGCACCGCAGACCGAGUUACUGACAGUACGGACGAAGAGUCGCCCCUUGAAAAAGACAGCGUGGAUGGAUCUGUGUUCGCCUAAGACGUACCUGUAAAUAUUUGAGUCCGUCCUCGAGAUGACCAACCGAAGACAUGAAGGAUCAGAAUGAAAGCUAAUUUCGAAAACAUACAUAUUCUUGCGAACUGUCUAGUUGGCAUGCCAACUGACUGAACUUCCCGCGGCAUUCUGCUGGCGGGCAUUUUUGAUUCCCUGAAUGCGCAACGGCAUCGGAAAAUCAAUAAUAGUGAGUGUUCUCAUAAAUAUGAGUACAAGUAACGCCUGUCCGCGGUAAAAGUUAAGGGAGUAAGCUUUAGGCUUUUCCUACACCCAUCCGUAAAAGCGGAGUGAUGCGUGUGACGGGUAGUUUGACCGUCGCAAGCGGCGAAGUCUCCUACGAGAUGGGCGGGGUUGCGGCUUGUGCGCGAAUUGACCCAUAAUGAAGCGGAAUUUCGUCAUACCAGCCUCGCGCAUUCUCUCUCCCCAUCCACUGCGCUUCGAUGACUAGACGAAGUUAUAACUUGGGCUGGUCUCAGUAGCUGACAUAUGCAGACGGACCGUCUACGCGUGCCACACGCAAGACUUGGACCGCAAAUUUCUACAUUAUUGGCACUAUUUGGCGGAUGUCGGCGCUCGCAUGAACCAAACGCGGCAUAAUUCUCAGUCCUGCGUAGGACCGACACAUAUCAUCAUUUGAUAACUUCCCAGGCCACAACCUGUUCGCCUGCUGUGAUAGUUUUAAGGCACGUUUGGUUACUUGUGCUGAGGAAUUAAGCACUGCUCUGGGCUAGUUCGAUCUUUUUUUUCUUCUCCUAUCCAUCAGUAUGUCGUUCGAGUCCAGCCGAACGCGAAUAAGAUUGGAUCAGGGACUGACAUGACGUAAUCUCUAUGCCAAAUGCGUGCCCAUGUGGCGCUGGUGUGAAGGCCUAUACUGACGGAUGGGGCAUUAUGCCGGAUACAAGGAAGUUUGCUUAGUGCUGUGGCUGCCAAGUGCAGUGAUAGCAGCUACUAAUUAAACUUUCCCAGUUAUGGUGUAUUAGCAGUGUUAGUUGGCCUUUUAAUAUCAAGCUAGCCAAAUUUUUCUCGUAAACCUUUUUAAUCCUUUAAUUUCUCCGUGAACUACAGUAGUGCUCUGUUUGAAAUGCCGACCAUCCGGAAGGGGCAGCCAAAUGUCUUGUUGCAUUUAAUGCUGACAUCAGAGCGUUCGUAACCUACUUUAGACUCACAACAACGUUUUAUGCUUAACGAAAGGAAGGUGAACUUGCGAAAAGAAUGGGUCCCUGGACUCCCUGGCCGCUGGUCUGUUCUAGAAGACGGAAAUGAACAACAAAAUAACACUGGUUACAGUGUUAUUUUAAACUGGUCUUUCUCCCAGUGCAGCGACAGUAUUAAGACAGAUAUGGCUGGUGAUGAACCCACUAUCGGCCAAUUGUUGUGUACUUACCCAUACUUUAUUGGUCUUUAACGAGUGAGAAUUAACUUCAUCUGGCCGACUUAAUGCGAACUUAUAUUUAGCAACAGUUGUUCAAUCGCAGUCGCUUUUAAUGGUUUAUAGGCGCACUUUACGGUCGCUAUGAUUUAGG